AUGUCACAAAACGGAAACACUACUACUGCAACUACAGCUAAUAAUAACAACCAUAACAACUUGGUAUUAGAAAAGAGUUCAAAUACAGUUGGUUUACAAGUUGAUCUUCAUCCAUUGGUAUUGAUCAAUAUCUCUGAUCAUUUUACACGUGCCAAGGUUGAGAAUACAAAUAGCGUACCAAGAGUAAUCGGUCUUAUCUCUGGUCUCCAAAAUGGUAGAGUCAUCGAAGUUUGUAACUCUUUUGAAUUGGUACUCACCAAAGAUGGUACUCUUGAUCUCGAAUAUUUAAAGAAAAAGAAUGAACAAUUCAAAAAGGUAUUUGCAACUUAUGAUAUUUUGGGUUGGUAUUCUACAGGUAGUCAAGUCAGCCAAUCAGAUUUAUUACUUCACAAGCAAAUUAUGGAAUUCAAUGAAAGUCCAUUGUAUUUGAUGCUCGACACCAAUGCUGCCUUUACACAAGCCUACAAGGACUUGCCAGUCAUUGUCUAUGAAUCAGAGUUGCACAUUGUCAACGAUCAACCAACCACCCUCUUUGUAAAGACUCCAUUCAAGAUUCAAACUGGUGAGGCCGAACGUAUCGGUGUUAAUCAUAUUGCCAAAGUCACUCCAUCUGGUUCUGAAGGUUCAUCACGUAUGUAA